AUGGCACGCUCACCGACACUUCUCACUUCCCAUACGCCAACAGCGUCUGCACCGGCGAGCGUGGCUAUCGAUCAUGUUCAGCUGCGCGAUCUCGUUGUGUGUCCCCGCGAAGCAGGCGUCGUAAAUUACGUCUCCAGGUAUACCAUUUCAGAGCACGACGUCUACUCCCCUGAAGCCACCCCCCGCACACUCGUCGACCUCUCCUUCCGCGCCAACACCAUCUCCUCGCUCAACCUCCCCGACACAGACCACACCCUCUUCGCAGCCGGCGGCCAGGACGCCGAGGUCUUCCUCUCCCUCCAUCCCGCCCAGUACGGCGCCAGCAGCAGCAGCGCCCCGUCCUCGUCCUCGGGAAGCCGGGGCGAUGACGACGAAACAGCAUUCGCAGUAGCAGCAGCGAUGGACGACGACCGCGCCUCCACCGCCAGCACCGAGACCUACACGAGCCACGGCGGGCGCCGCCGCCGCCAACAGCAACGGCGGUUCCAGCACGGUCCGCCGCGCUGGCAGUACGACCGCAACCUGCGCGGGUCGAUCAACAACUCUGUUAUGCUCACGUCGCUCGGGCUCAGCCGCGCGAACUCGAGCAGCGUGGAGCCGCGGCUGGUGGUGAGCAAUAAUGAUUGUUCGGUCAAGUUCUACGAUGUGCCGAUCCGCGUGGAGCGCCCGCCGAAGGAUGUGCAGGCUGUGGGGUCGAUCAAGUUGCGGGUUGCUGUUAACCAUUCAUCCAUCUCACCAGACGGACGCACAUUGCUCUCCGUCGGCGACUCCUCCGAAGUCUUUCUACAUCAGAUCAGCGGCGCCCGCCACGUCACGCUCACCCCCAUCUCGACGCUCAGCGUGCCCGACGCCUCCCCGUCCGCAUCGUACUCGUCCUCUACACCUUUUGCGUCCUUCUCCACUGCGUUCUCGGCCGACGGGAUGAAGUACGCGGUCGCGUCGCAGGAGGGCGUCGUCGCCGUGUGGGAUGUGCGGAGCUCGAAGCCGAUGAAGGUGAUUCACACGGACAAGACGGCGCGCGCGGGCGAGGGCGGCGGAUGGACGAGCGAAGACCCGACGGAGUGGACGAGGGGGUAUAUGCGUGCGCCCGGAUGGGGCGUUAGGAGUGUGAAGUUCGGGUCGGCGCAGGGUGGGCAUGAGGUUAUGACGUUUACGGAGCACACGAAUAAGCUGCAUGUCGUCGACGCGCGCACGUUUGAAACGGAAGAGAUCGUUCGUGUUCCGAGUAUUCGUAGAGCUCUGGACGGCGGUGAAGGGCGCAGCAAGCCGAUCCCCACGCGGCGUGCCACGGUACCCGUCCCACGCGUCCGGCCGACACUAUAUGACUCCCCCGAGGAGCUUGCCGAGCACGCCUCGCUCUCGCGCGAGUCGCUGUCCUCGCGCAUGUGGACGUCGUAUAUCCACGCUGACGAGGAUGACCGCGGACGCGGUGACGGAGACGAGGUUAUGGACGCAGACAGCUAUGUUCUGUCUAUCCUUGAUCAGGUUCGAAACCGAGACGAAGAAGAGCACCACGAUAACGACUCCGAAGACGACGAAGAAGAGCAAGAAGACGACGACUCGUCCCCCGUGUUGAUCAUCAACCGCUCGCGGAGCGCCCGCGAGCGCGACCACGAACACGAUCAAGGACAGGGCGAGAUGGACGUCGACGAGCUCGAAGCGGACUGUCUCUCCUCGCACGCGCCCUCGCGCUCCUCCACACCGCCGCUACAGGGCCUCUCACCAACUAUGCUCCCCACUGCGUCCUUCCCGUCGCUUCCGUCCGCGCCCAUGUCGUCACCGGCACAGCAGCUGCUUCGUUCGCGGCAGCCGAGAAGGCGGGAUGCGUUGUUUGACUUUGAGGGGCCGAGAAGGGUCGGUGUCGGGACGGGGGUGGGGGCGGGGACGCAUCACUAUGAGCGGAUGCAACAUCAGCAUCAGCACCAGCACCAGCGGGACGUGGAUCUCGCGGGGACGUGUUUCGAUCCGAGUGGCGCGUUCGUGUACGCUGCGAGCACGGAGGGCGUGGUUGAGUGGGCGGUGCGCGGUGCGGGCAAGCGGUGGUGGGGUUCGGGCGCGUGGGCAUAGGCAUGGGCAGGGCAUGCUCAGCGUGUGGGGGCGUGUGGGGGCGUGGACCUGGCGUUUCGUUUGCGCACUAGUGCCCUGAGCCCGCCUUUGCCCCGUGCUGGCUUGCCUUUGGUUGUGCGUUCUGUACAGGCCGUUUCUGCUCUUGCUCCUACUCCUGUCUCUGUCACUGCUCCGCUCCGUCCCGUGCUUGGUUGUCUGCUUCGCGCCGAUCUCAUUGUCAAUAUUUGGAACCGGAUCCAGCUUCCUUGUUUUCUCAUGUACCAGCUCACGUUUUAUUAUGCAGUCCCACAUCCAUAUUAAGCUUAAGCGCUCAUUGGUCGCUGUACUUGUAUUACUUAUACUUUCAUGCACGUUCCUCUGGCUUCGCGGUGUCCAUUCGCCUACCUGUCUGUCCAUCCAUCCAUGCUGGUGCCCCAGCUCCACUCUACCCACCUCACACCGCCUGCUUCAGAUACGUGAUACAUCCUCCCAUCUAC